AUGGAGGACGCGUGUGAGGAACUAGAUCGCCUCAUCGUUGAAUUUUUGGAGUCUCUCGAAUGUCUUCAGGAGAAAAGGGAAUACCUGAAUGCUUCAAUAAGAGAUGGACAUCUAAACCUAUCAAAGGCUCGUCAUUCGAUGGGAAACAAAUCCGUGGGUGCUUUGCAAUACAGUCAUAAAAUGGACUGCGCGCUGUAUCAUGCAGUCGUUUAUUUGGAGACAUUUCUACAGAGCAGUUCAAAAACGCUGUUGUAACUUUCGAAAUGGAGAAAACACUACCAAGAAGAGCAAAGGGUGCUUCGAAAGCCGAUUAUUCUGAAAAGAAGAUGAGGAAAACAUAG